AUGUCAGAGUCUGUUCUCUCAUUGUUCUGUGUUCACGACUGUGUUCAUGACUGUGUUCACGACUGUGUUCACGACUGCGUUCACGACUGCGUUCACGACUGCGUUCACGACUGCGUUCACGACUGCGUUUACGACUGCGUUUACGACUGCGUUCACGACUGCGUUCACGACUGCGUUCACGACUGCGUUCACGACUGCGUUCACGACUGCGUUCACGACUGCGUUUACGACUGUGUUCACGACUGA